GCGAAAGCGCGCUCGGUCUCUCGGUGCUCGCUCCAUCGGGUCUGGCCGGGCCGGCAGCGGUGAGGACCCGGGUCUGGCGCUGUGGGCCGGUAGCCGUGGGGCGGCAUGGAGGGACUGGUUGCCGCCGCCGGCGGGGACGUCUCCCUGCACAACUUCAGCGCGAGGCUGUGGGAGCAGCUGGUCCACUUCCACGUCAUGCGGCUGACGGACUCGCUGUUCCUGUGGGUGGGGGCCACGCCGCACCUGCGCAACCUCGCCGUGGCCAUGUGCAGCCGCUACGACUCCAUCCCCGUGUCUACCUCCCUCCUUGGAGACACUUCCGACACGACCUCUACUGGCCUUGCCCAGCGCCUAGCCAAACCACUUUACCAGCCCAUCUUCCAGAUGCAGGUGAUCUUACUCUCGCUUCAGAUAUCCCGCCACAGAACAGGCACCCAGCCUCCUCCGGAGGCUGCCCUGGGAGGAGAGCCAUGGGACCACCUUGCCGGCUGAGAGACAUCACCCGCUGACCGUCGGCAAGUCAGCCUCACUCACAUCCGCUGGAUGCUGGUCCCAAGAGCCCAGGCCUCAAAGCUCGCCUCUUUUCCAGUCAUUGGCGGAUGAGUCCCGACGGCUGAAGUGCUGAGCACUGUCUUCGUUGGACCAGUUUUUUAUUGUCAUUUGAGGUGGAAAUUGGAGAUCAUGACUAGAAGAGCGUGAGUGCUGUCCCUUUUGCCACCAACUUCCUAGAGAUUUCGGGUAGCACUCUACAGCUUCAGUUUCCAAAAAAAAAAAGUUUACACGACCAGUGUGAGACUGCUCGCAACUUUCAUCACUUAGCAUAUUCUUCCACAACACAGUACAGUAAGUGGACUGCAGGGUGGCCUGGUGCUGAGGGUGAUGGGUGCAGACGUACACCUGUCCAGGUGCAGGCUCAGGGGCCCCGCUGGAUCCUUCCCACCUUCCCCAGCUGCCUACUGGCCUGGCUACUGGAUAGGUCCCAUUCUGUACACAAUGGGGGUUUGUUGACAGGUGGCUUUGUAGCAAGUACUCCAAAAAAGGUAAAAGGAAUUUCACAAGUUUGGCACGCAAAGGCUGCACAGAUCUAAAGAAAGGCCUUUGUAAAGGUGAAUGGAAACUAAUGUUGAAACAUGGAAAUGUGACUUUAAAAAAGAAGGAAGGUGAGGAUGAGCUGGACGUGGAGCAAGUGGAGGCAGGGAGAGGCUGGCCAGACAGCCUGCUUUCCUGGGUAUCUCAAGAUCCCAGGGGUCAGUGUGGUCCAGCCACUGGAAACAUGUGGCCAUGAGUCUGCUUGCCCCUUGCUGUGUCUUUACACAUCACCAGGCUCCUGAUGUGUGGACCGCAUGUGGAGGAGACAUGAGUGGAGACAGCAAGCAGCAGGCCCGGUGGAAAGCUGGAAAGGGAGAAGGUCAACCCCUUUUCUGCCCUGUGAAUUCUAGCAACUGUCGGAAGUCACUUCAUUGUCACCCAGGCCCGAGACCACAAUUUCCCUGGAAGGACACAGCCCAUGGCAAAGACACGCUUUGAGAAGGGAUGAGUUGGACAAUCCCAGUAAGAAGCCAGGCUGUCCAGAAAAGCUGGUGCCCAAGUUGCUACAAAGUGGUGCCUGCCCUUGCCAAGGAGGCUGUCUGAGUGGCCUUGGGUGUCCUACAAGUUUCCUCCGAAAAUGCCAAGAGGAAUCCUCCACUUUCUGGGGUGAAACGAGGAACACGAAGAGACCCUUGGAGGUCGAGGCAGGGGCAGCGUUGAGCUUUGGUGAGUUAUUGCUUUCUUUCAAUUUGUCUUGAUGCCUUCGAAAGGCUGGAGGUCAUUUGGACUCACCUAUGAGGAAUCUCCGCUCCCUGCCCGAAGCCCCGCCUCUGUGCUAAGCGAGUGACUGAAAGCAGGAAGCUGGCCCAGGAAGGUGGGCGUGAGGGGGCCCAGCUCCUGCAGGUGCUCCCUGGAGUGAUGUCUGAGGUGACGGCCAUCCAAGCUGGUGAUCUUCUUCAUGGUGUGUGCUCGAGGUGUGGGUGACGGGCGCGUGUGUGUGGAGGGCAGCCCCCCUUCUGUGGAUUUGCCUCUGCCAUCUUUUUGAGUUAUUUUCUAAUUGUUUGUAGCUUAGAAAGUAGCCAUGUUUUGAAGUAGUGCUGGCACAAGAGCUGGCUGUGCACGAGGGACUUUUCUGCUGGAGCCAAUCUGGGAGAGGAGGAAUAAAAACGAGCACAUUUCAGGCCUCGACGCAUGUGUUAGCUGUGUACUCACAAAGCUGUGGCGAUAUGACCGCUGCUCAGUUAAGAUAUCUGGUGAAAUGUUUAAGCUUUUUCUCCAAGAGCUUCCAGCAUCAAGUACAAAAGGAUGAUCCUGAAGGAAAGAUGAAGCUGGUUUUAAUGGUGUCUGUGAGCUGCUUUCCCUGCACACGGAACAGAAGCUCUUACCUUAUAAACAGAAAGGGGAAAAGAACCUUAAAAAACCAUACACAGAUUCUCUAGCAAAAGCCAAAUUCAUAUACAUUUCACUCUGUCUAAAAUGCAGUCCCAGAAACGCUCCACGGUCCUGUCCUGCCUCUGCACACAGGCAGGCAGCCUGGGGGCCUCCUGGGUGCUGCCAGGAGCCAUGUCCCAUCUCCCCAGAGGGACCGGCUGCAGCCGUGGUCACUGCAGCAUCUUCCCAGAGCGACUGCGUCUCGCUGCCGAGGGAGGUGAUUCCAUUUGUAAUCAGUGAGAGGGAGAGGGAAUAAAGUGCUUCUCGUAAAAAUGACCAAAAUAAAUACACACAUUUAACGGCAGAAAAGAAA